AUGCAGUCUUUUAGGGAAAAAUUACCAGCAUUCAAAAUGAGAGAGGAGUUUUUGAAAGCAGUAGCAUCCAAUCAGGUUCUGGUUAUUUCUGGUGAGACAGGUUGUGGUAAAACAACACAGCUUCCGCAGUUCAUACUAGAAGAGGAGAUAGAUAACCUUCGGGGUGCUGAUUGCAGCAUAAUAUGUACUCAACCCCGCCGUAUAUCUGCCAUAUCGGUUGCAGCACGUGUAGGAUCUGAGAGAGGUGAAGAACUUGGUGAGACUGUUGGAUACCAGAUUCGCCUUGAAUCAAAACGAUCUACACAAACACGACUGCUAUUCUGCACGACAGGAGUUUUACUUAGAAAACUGUUGCAUGUUCAGCACUCCUUCUGUUUCGUUGUAACUGUCACUGCCUUGAGAGUCUCUAUUUCAGAAGAUGUCUCUAUUGAGGAAACCAAGAGCAUAUUUAAUGCAGUGUUUCCACUUUCUUCCCCCUACUUUAAUGCUUUGGAAGAGGUUCAGGAUCCUGAUUUAGUUGGUGUAAGCCAUUUACUAGUUGACGAAAUUCAUGAACGUGGCAUGAAUGAAGACUUUCUCAUCAUAAUUCUCCGUGACCUUCUACCGAGGCGUCCUGACCUCCGCCUUGUAUUGAUGAGUGCAACAAUAAAUGCUGAACUUUUUUCCAAAUACUUUGGAGAAGCUCCAAUUAUGCAUAUCCCGGGUUUUACUUUUCCUAUUGCGGAGUUGUUUUUGGAAGAUAUUUUAGAAAAGACCCGCUACAAGAUCAAGUCUGAACGUGAUAAUUUCCAAGGAAAUUCUAGAAGAAAGAGGUUUGCAUCAGUUAAGAAUGACCCGAUAUCUGAUGUUUUUGAGGAUGUUGACAUUAAUAAGGAGUACGGAAAUUACAGCAGUACAACAAGGCAGUCCCUUGAAGCUUGGUCUGCCACUGACCUAGAUUUGAGCCUUGUGGAAGGAACAAUUGAGUACAUCUGCCGUCAUGACGGAGAAGGUGCAAUCCUUGUGUUCCUUACUGGUUGGGAUGAAAUUUCAAAACUUGUGGACAAGAUUAAAGGGAAUAAUCUACUUGGCAAUUCCAAUAAAUUCCUAGUUCUUCCAUUGCAUGGUUCUAUGCCAACUGUCAAUCAGCGUGAAAUUUUUGACAAAGCACCAACUAAUAUGAGAAAAAUUGUUCUGGCGACAAAUAUUGCAGAAAGCAGUAUUACAAUAGAUGAUGUUGUAUAUGUAAUUGAUUGUGGUAAGGCAAAGGAGACAAGUUAUGAUGCCUUGAAUAAGCUAGCAUGCCUUAUGCCGUCAUGGAUAUCAAAAGCCUCUGCUCAUCAGAGGCGCGGUCGUGCAGGCCGUGUUCAGCCAGGUGUUUGCUAUAGGCUGUACCCGAAAGUCAUUCAUGAUGCCAUGCCACAGUUUCAGUUGCCUGAGAUUCUUAGGACUCCUUUGCAAGAACUGUGUCUCACUAUCAAAAGCUUACAACUAGGAGCAGUGGCCUCUUUCUUAGCCAAGUCACUUCAACCUCCAGAUCCACUUUCUGUUAAGAAUGCAAUUGAGCUUCUGAAAACCAUUGGAGCACUGGAUGAUUUGGAGGAGCUCACUUAUUUAGGUUUGAAGUUUUGCUGA